AUGCCAACCACUCCAUCUUCCAGACGGCAUUCCCAGCGAAAUCGACGGGGAAGCACCCCUCCAACACCAGGACAUAAUGGCUCCAAGCUUGCGGGACGCAUAAUGUGGUUGCCGCAUGCGAAUGAGCUGAGCUCCUCGACUGGUUUUCCGGAGGAAUCCCAUAAUCAUCCUGUUCUGGUGCUUUCGAAGAAACUGUCUGCAGACGGGAAGGUUGACAUUCUCAUGAUGACAUCCUUCGGCGGCAUGGAUCUCGAAACGAGGCAUCGGUACAGCAGAAUCCAACUACGAGAAACCUUCCUACCCAUUGACCCGUCCCCUCCCCAUCCGGAUAACAACAUCCAACUCAAGCUCGACCACGGUGUGACUUUAAGAAAAAAUUCCUACGUGAAGACUGAGGAACAGCGGCAGAUUCUGUUCUCCCUUCUGAGGAACUAUGAGCGUCACACAAACAAGAUCUACGCCCUCACGGAUGCUUCGUACCAGAUUGUGGUGGAACACUCCGGUUACCGCGAGCCGGUUCACUCUGUCACAGUGCCGACAAGGAUACAACCUGUUGCUCAACCUCAACCAGAAAGAGUCUCGAGUUAUGGUUAUGGAACAAUCCCAACUUCACAGCCAUACCCCGCCUCACGACCUGCCCAAAACACACAAAGCAACUACAACGGCUACAACAACUACCAGUACAAUUCUGGUGUCCACUCCCAGAGGAAGCGCAAUUCCGCAGGACCUUCCGGUCACUCGUCAGGCGGAUCUCCAGACGAUCUCUCACCAAACGCCCAAGUCGUUCUUGGCCUUAUCCUCAUUGCCACCUUCGCUUGUGGAGCGGCUGGCGUGUACUGGCUUCUCCAGAACUUCUUUUCCUGGGCUUCUGAGGGCAUCAGACACGGCAAAAGGCACUGCGUUGAAGGCUUUAAGAGGGUGGAUUGGCAUCGGGUAGCUAAGGCUUUCGGAUCCUUCUCUUGGCAUGUUGUGGUUGCUCUGGCCAAGGUCGUCAAGUGUGUGGUGGUUGGAGUGGCUAGGGCUGUUGAAUGGGGUGCGAAGGGCGCUUGGCGAUUUGCGAUGGAUUGGGUCAUGGAAACCGAGAAGGGGAGGCUUGGGCACAGGCUUGAGCACUUUUUUCCUCGUGCUUGA